ACAAAGAUGAACUCAUGCAGCAAGUGAGCAGGUACAGCCUUUAUUAACACCCAAAUCGAGGAAGCCAACUCCUCUUUUCCUCCCACAUGGCUUCCCCUUCUCCUUCACUCCUCUCUAUUCUCUGUCUACUUUCCUAUUUCUCCUUGCCCUUCAUUUUCGCCUCACCACUCAACCGAUCCACCGCCAGUACCAUCAUCCCUCUCUCCCAUUUCUCCCCAAACCAAUCUUCUUCUUCUUCUUCGUCUUCCUCCUCAUUCCUGUCAUGGCAGAUGCUCAACCGCCUCGCCGCCGCUUCUCUCAAAAGAGCCCGCCGCCUCAAAAACCCCGUCCCCGCCGCUUCCACCACCUCCACUCCUCUCUUCACUCACAGCUACGGCGGUUACUCCAUCUCCCUCAGCUUUGGCACCCCUCCUCAGACAAUCCCCUUUAUCAUGGAUACCGGCAGCGAGCUUGUGUGGUUCCCCUGUACGAGCAACUACAUUUGCUCAAAUUGUUCUUUCUCUUCUUCUAAGCCACCUCCGAUUCCCUCAUUUCGUCCCAAAUUAUCGUCUUCUUCGAAGAUUUUAGGCUGUUUGAACCCCAAAUGUGGGUGGAUUCAUAACCCGGACGCUCACUUGAGAUGCAGAGAUUGCGACCCCAAAUCGCGGUCAAAUUGUACUCAGAUCUGUCCGCCGUACAUUAUCCUCUACGGCUCCGGCACGACGGGAGGAAUCAUGCUCUCGGAAACCCUCGAUUUGGCGGAGAAGAGGGUCCCCGAUUUCGCCGUCGGAUGCUCCCUGUUCUCGUCCCAGCAACCUGCCGGAAUCGCCGGAUUCGGCCGAGGCCGAGCGUCGAUGCCAAGCCAACUAGGCCUGAAGAAAUUCUCCUACUGCCUACUCUCUCACCGUUUCGACGAUACCGGCGAGAGCAGCUCGCUCGUGUUGGAUAGCGGAACGGAUUCCGGCAAAAAAACAGCCGGCGUCAGCUACACUCCCUUUCUCAAGAACCCAAUAGCCACCGGGUUCCGUACAUUCUCGGCUUUUUACUACGUGGGUCUCCGGAAAAUCGCCAUAGGAGGGAAGCGCGUGAAGAUUCCGUCCAAAUACUUCGCGCCGGGACCCACCGGAAACGGCGGAACCAUUGUGGAUUCCGGCACGACGUUCACGUUCAUGGCUCCGGAGGUGUUCCGGCUCGUGGCGGGUGAAUUCAUGAAACGGGUACGGUACUACCGAAGAGCUCGCGAAACCGAGGCUCUGACCGGUUUGCGACCGUGCUUCAAUGUUUCCGGCGUCGAGACGGUGUCGUUCCCGGAGCUGAGCUUCCAUUUCAAGGGCGGUGCACAUAUGCGGCUGCCGCCGGCGAAUUAUUACUCGCUCGUGGGCAACAGCGCAGCGUGUUUGACGAUCGUGACGGACGGCGACGGCGGUCCAGAAAUCUCGGGGGGACCGUCCAUAAUACUGGGUAAUUUUCAGAUGCAGAAUUUCUACGUGGAGUAUGAUCUGAGAAACGAGAGAUUAGGGUUCCGGCGACAGCAAUGCCUUUGACAAAGAUCAAGGAGAAAGAAAAUGCGUUUCAAGCUAAAUUCUUAGCUCAUUAAUGUUGCAUAUUUUUCUGUGUUCGGUUGAAUCUGGGCCGUCCGCUGGUUGGUCCCGACGCUGACGUGGACGAUCCAUAUGCAAUUUUCUUCAUGGUAGGAAUUGUGGUAUAGUGGUAUAUGGUGCAAAAGCGUUCUCUACAUUGAAUCAUAGAAACGGUGUCGUUUUUUCUCCUAGUAGUCGGAGCCUACUCGUUGGUAGGAUAGUUUCACCAUGUUGCUUAAUUUCAUUUCAUAUAUGGCAUCUAUUGCUUUUUCUUUAAAAAAAUUACUGGUUUAUCUGAUGAUCUUGGAAGGAAUUGCCUUAAAUAAUGACACACGACGAUGAAGAGUUCCCGAGUCUCCUAUGAAGAAGGCAUCAUUUUCUGAAAUUUCAUUUGAAAUAAUAAUGGUGGUGUUGCAGAGCUCUGUAAGGAAAGAUCUAGCUGGAUGGUUAUGUUUUUUUGUAUUGGGUUGGAUUGAUGGAUGUAAUAGUCAUUAUACGUUGUAAAUCCCAUCAAUUGAAGUCAAAUGUACCGUUGUCAUGAUGGAAUUAUGAGAAAAUUAGACAAGAAAUUGGUAGAAAA